AUGAGUGACGACGAAAGCCGAUCUGAAUCUGCCUCAGAGUCUGAGGAGAAGGCUAAGCGUGAGGCGGAAGAAGCUGCCAAGAAGCAACGCAAACCUGGCCAAAAGAGGAAGGGUUUGGGAGGCCUUUCACCAGAGAAGAAGAGGUUACUCAAGCAACUGAUCAUGCAAAAGGCGGCAGAUGAAAUGAAGGCGGAAAUGAAGAAGCGACAAGAGGAGAAGGACAACUACCUCCGAUCAAGAGUUCAAGCCCUUCAGUUGGACGGUCUCGAUGACGGUAAUUCUGAAGUUUCGGCUUUAUUAGGUGAAAUCCUUGAGAUGCUAGUUAGUCGUCGAAAGCCAUUUACUUUUAUCUUCCCCUCAGCUGCUCUUGCCAAGAAGGUUCGAGAGCUCCAUGCUCGGGUAGCUCAACUGGAGGGUGAAAAGUACGACUGGGAAGUGAAGCUACGACGGCAGGAUAUUGAAAUUAAUGAGCUCACCAUGAAGGUGAAUGAUGUCAAAGGCAAAUUCGUCAAACCCGUGCUUAAGAAAGUUUCCAAGACUGAAAGCCAACUUGCACGUAUCGAAAAGAAGGAGAAGACGCUGGCCUCAUUCCGAACCCAACUGAAGUCCACUGGACAAAACAAAUUCGCCCUUGAAGAAAAGGAUGAGGCCUCUCAUGUAAAGUUUACAAAGGUGGAUUUUCGAGACCAAUUAAAGCCAGCGGGUGAAGGCGAGGCUCCAAAGGAGGCUGCAGAAGAGUAA